CCAGACACUGCUAGAACGCCAUUAUAAACCGUCGUAGCCGGUCGUCGUAGAGCUCUGCAAUAAAGGUCAACAAAACGUUAUCUUUUCAAAAUCCUCGAGUCGGCUUGUCUUUUGUUUAAAUACGAUUUCUGGUUGAUUAUCUCCAAGAUAUUCAAUUUCAGAGAGAUUGGGCUAUCAAACGCACUCCCAAAACUUGUGCAAUUAACUGGAUCGUUAAAUAUUUAACGGUGUUAGCGUUCAGGAAACGUGUGUCUGUGGACAUGGAUUUUCACAGGAGAGCUAUUUUCAUGGUAGUUUACUUCGUAUCAGUAUGGGUCACGGCGGAUUCCUUGACUAUGACCCAGUCUCUACGCGCGAUACUGAACAAGUUCAACAAUACAAGAAAUGUGAACAUCGACCCGGCUGCCAAACAAAAAGCACGUGACUACAUCGAAACAACUUUCAAGGAUCAUGCACUGCAAACGUGGACUGAGGAAUUCAAGAGCAAUAACGACAAGUUUCCAGGCAUAAACGUUGUUGGCCGACUGCCUGGUCGCUAUUCCGGAACACGUGAUGAUAAGAUUGUUCUUAUUGGCGCUCACUAUGACACAGUCUCGACCACUCCCGGUGUGGACGAUAACGGAUCAGGGAUGACAGCCUUGCUACAAGUUUUAAAGCAACAUGCUAGUCCAGACAAACAGAAAUGUUCACGAGAUUAUACGCUUUUGUUCGUCGCCUUCGAUCUGGAAGAAAAUCAACUAACCGUCAACACCAGCUGCUUUAUGUCAGGACACUGCCCGUGUGUAGGUGGUAAAUGUGGAAGCCAUUAUUUCGUACAGAAUUUCACUCAGUACCUCAACAACAGUGGAGCUGGUUUCCAAGGAGCCAUUGUUUUGGAAACCAUUCUAAACUACAACACUACACCAAAUUCUCAGGUGUUUCCGGAUGGUUUGAAGAAUUUUUUUGGAGAGACAUACAGGAAAAUAUCGCAAAACCAGUUCAAGGGUGACUUCUUGGCUCUUAUUGGUCGGUCAACGUAUGACAGAAGACUCAUCGAUGGAAUAACAAAUUCUUACAAGGAAGAUGACAACUUUCUAACAAUUGCCAUGCCUAUACCCAACAUUUUUUCGUCUGGUCGACCGGAAGAUUGGCCCGAAGACGCUAAAAAAUAUAUGGAGGAUUUCUUUCGUUCAGACCAUUACCACUUCUGGAAUGCGAAGCCAACGUUACCAGCGAUAUUUUUAACAGACUCUGCGAAUUUCCGAGGAUUCAUGACAAAAUGUUAUCACAAUAACUGUGACAACACGAAUCACGUGACCCCAGAGAUGAUGAUGUUUUUGGCGCGAACAACAGACAGCGUGGCGAAGCUGGUCUCCAACAUGACGAAUGAAAAGUGCGAAAUGAAAAGGGCCGACUGCAUUCAGCGGAACACAAGAGGCAACGGUGAAAUCGUAACGCCGUACCAUGACACCGUGUAUCCCAACAAACUGAACUGCGCAUGGACUAUCUCACUUGAUGCUGAACAUAAAGAUCUCAAGCUCAAGUUUACAUCGUUUGAACUGGAGGAGAGCAUCAACUGCACUGCAGACUAUGUUAUCAUUCGGGAUGGAAUAGACAAAACAGCUCCUUUGAUUGGAAAAUAUUGUGGUAAAACUCUUCCAAAGCCAAUAACGGCUUCGUCCCAGUCCCUGUAUAUCAUGUUCCACUCAGACGACCUGGCAGCUUUCAAAGGUUUCAAAGCGGAAUGGAAUUCUACGACCACAGUGACUCUAAAUGUGACCUCAAGUGCUUCCCAAGGAUAUCGUCCAAUGAUGUGGCAGAUCCUUGGUUUCAUUGUGUUCACAACACUGGCCAUUCUUCUGUGAGGAGCUGAUCAAGUUUUUCAAGUGGUUUGCCAAGUAAAGAUUGUUUUCUCUUAACGAAAGGAUAGGCAUAGAAAAUUGCAUGAACGCGGGUGAAUAUUAUGACACUAAUAUUGCCUAUCUAAUUACAACCAAAAUCUCUUUCAAACGCUAGUUUGUCCACGGUGCUCAUUUUCUCUGAAUUAUUUAAAUACAACCUAUGUGACAAACCAAGCUUAGUGAUUUUGUGGUAAUUUUGAGAAUUAAAAUAUGUUUUAUCUAACAAUAAAGGCUGAUAUUUCGAGAUAGUGAAAUACGGAGAUCCUGUAUUAUCACCUUUUAUGUAUUUAUGAUUGACCAAUCAGUAAUGAAACAGUUUGCGUAGUCUAUAAAUAACAUAAUUACAUACCAUAAAACUUUGUGACUGGUUCGUUUUAAACUUAGAAAUCAGAAAUACUAUACACGUCGCGUAGUCUACAACUUCAUUUUAUAUGUAAAUGAUUUUCUUACAUCAAUCCAACCAACCUAAGAGCAUUUCUCCUCGAUCAAGUUUCGCAAAUGGAUUCAUUAUCAAGUACACAAAGGUCUCCGCUGGUUUUGCUACCGGAUUUCAAGUUGGUGAAAUAAAUUAGAAAAGAAAUACUAAGGUAAUAAACCUUACAUUUCAACAUUGUG